AUGAGAACCACCACCUUAUUCACCCCAUCUUCUUCUUAUUCUUCUUCUUCGUUGAAUUCCCCCUUUUUCCCAAAACCUAACAUCUUCACUCCUUCAAAAUCCAACGCCAUAAACUUCCUCUGCACCAAACCCAAACUCGGAUCCAACGUCGCCGACAAGCUCAACAACCUCGCCACCGAAUUCACCUCUCUCUCCCAACCCAUCGACCGCGUCAAACGCCUUCUCCACUACGCCUCCCUCCUCCCGCCCUUCCUUGACGCCGACCGGGUUCCGGCCAACCGCGUCGGCGGCUGCGCCACCCAGGUCUGGGUGGUGGCGGAGCUGGACGAGAGGCGGAGGAUGCGGUUCCGCGCCGACAGCGACUCCGAGAUUUCGAAAGGAUUCUGCUGGUGUCUGGUCUGGAUGCUCGACGGCGCGAAACCCGAGGAGGUACUCAUGGUCGACAGGGAAGAUUUGGCCGACAUCAAUGUCGGAUUGGGGAUGAGUCUCAAGGCACACUCGCGGACCAACACGUGGCACAACGUUCUGUUCACCAUGCAAACUGCGGCUAAAGAUUUGCUCUGA